UCGGUAACAUAAUUCCUCCCCACCAGUCACGCCUCCAGACCAGUUUCCGCCCUUCUGAGAGAAAAUACUCCGCCUGCGAUUCAUCGACGACAGCAGGAAAGUUUAAAUAUAGCCUACAAAAAUAAUACAAAAGGAUUUGUUAACUUCUGCAUUAUCGCGGAUUCUACGCUGGAAAACCGGAUAGAGUCAGUAGUCAGGAGAUGGCUGAAUUGAGGAUGAGCUGAACUCGAGCUGGUACAGUUACGGUCCCUCCGCUGAAGGCUCGACGGCAUCAUCUAAUUCCUUAUCUAAGUGAUCGUCACAGCUUCACCAUGGCUCGCGGCUGCCUCUGCUGUGUCAAAUACAUGCUGUUCCUCUUCAACCUGCUCUUCUGGUUGGGGGGCUGUGGUUUGUUGGGUGUGGGGGUGUGGUUGUCUGUAUCUCAGGGCAGCUUUGCCACCCUAUCACCAUCCUUUCCCUCCAUCUCUGCUGCCAACCUCAUCAUCACCCUGGGUGCUGUCAUCAUGGUUACAGGCUUCCUGGGUUGCCUGGGUGCCAUCAAGGAGAACAAGUGUCUGCUGCUGAGUUUUUUCAUCACGUUGUUGGUUAUUCUGUUGGCGGAGCUGAUCCUUCUCAUCCUGUUCUUCGUAUACACAGACAAUGUGAGUGAGAACGCCAGACAGGACCUGAAAGAGGGACUUGCUCUGUACAGCACCAACAACAACGCUGGCCUCCGCAACGCCUGGAACACCAUACAGACAGAGUGGCAUUGUUGUGGGGUGAAUGGGUACACAGACUGGCACACUGCCCUGCAGGAGAAGGUGGUUCCUGACCACUGCUGCCAGAAUAUCUACCAGGACUGUGGGCGCAAUGCCACCAACCAGUUCUGGACACGGGGUUGCUAUGAGAAGGUGGAGGAGUGGCUGGAUGACAAUAAACACCUGCUGGGAACCAUCGCCAUGUGUGUUCUGGUCAUACAGCUCCUGGGUAUGGCCUUCUCCAUGACUUUGUACCAGCAGAUCCACCGAUCCGGGAAGAAGUACGAAGCUUAGAACACACACGGAGUUUGAGACCCAUUACUUUUAUACAAAAUGAUACUCUAAAAAGACACAAACCUGCGCACACACAUGUUUAUAUUUCCACACCCUUGUAUCAUUUUGUGCACAAAGGCAAUUUUAAUGUUUUGAGUUUCAUCUUUAUCAUUUUAAUGUUCUUGGCCGGGAUUCAAUCCGACUGCGGGUUAUCAACAAUUAAUGUGAUCUCAUGCAUGGUAAAUGGGUCAUUCCACAAAUAAAGUGCCAAAAAUCAGCAUUUUGACAUUGUUCCGCGUUAUGUUUUUCCGACUUCUGGGAAAAUUUCAACCAACUUCAGCCCAAAAUUCCUCCAUGUUUAUACUCUUAAAAAGUUGAACUAGUUAUGUUGUUGCUUUGACAGUCAUUUCUGAAGAUUUGUAUUUAUUUCAUGCGAUUUAAUUUGUCUGUCCCUCAUUUUAAGUCCAACCCUGUUACGUGAACAUAACUUUUUUUAAAUAUAUAUAUGGUGAAUCUAUUCCUUUUUAAGAAUUUUUUUUCUAACAAACAGUCAACUCAGUGUAAAGGAGGUGAACUGGUUCUACUCUUUUUGGCAAUUUUCUGGUGCUUUGUGCUUAAACUAAGCGUGUCAAUUAUAACGUCAUCCCUUUUACCCACCCAUUGGAAUUGUUAACAUUUCUAGCCAAUAGUUUUGUGAAGCUUGCAUUCAAGUGUCCAUUCUCCCUGUCACAAGGGGAUUUUUAUUUAACCGCUUAAUGCGACACCGCUUAUGUUAAAUUAAGUUUGUUUUGACCAAUUUACACUGCCCAUAAUGUUAGCAUUUUGUGGAAGGACCCAAAUGCUGCAUAUAGCUCAAUCGGAAAUUCCCUUUAAAAGCUGAAUUGUCGACAACCCGCAGUUGGAUUGAAUCCCGGCCCUAGUUCAGUUAUGGUGGGACAAAGGGAGGUUGGAUUGUGUGGGUGUAGGGACACCCCUCAGUCAUCCAGAAUAGAAUGAAUGGCUUUAACACAAAAAAAGAGUAGAGGGAAAGAGGUUUGGUUUCAUGCCUUAGAAAUCCUUAAACUGAUUAGUUAUAUUGUACGGAUGCAUUAUUGUAAAACCAGUUACUGGGAUGUGUUCAAUAAAUAUUACGCUUAUUCUGUCAAA